AUGACCGAUACAUCCAAGAAACAAGAUGCUGCUGAUUUGCUGGCUUCUCUGAACAUUGAAGGCCAAAAAGAAGCGGUAGAAUCCAAAAAACAAACCGCACAAGAAAAGGGCCCGGAACAAGCGUCACAAGACAAAAGCGCUGCGGAAACCUCGAAACCGGCAGAAAGCAGCAAGGAGAAGAAGCCAGAAUCACAAGAGAAGGACUCAAACCUGGUGAAAUCCGAAUAUGAGGUCAAAGUGAACUUGGCGGACCUACAAGGUGACCCCAACUCUCCUCUAUACAGUAUCAAGUCUUUUGAGGAGCUAGGGCUGGCACCAGAGCUUUUGAAAGGACUUUACGCCAUGAAAUUCCAAAAACCCUCCAAAAUCCAGGAAAGAGCACUGCCUUUACUUCUCAACAACCCUCCAAGAAACAUGAUUGCACAGUCACAGUCAGGUACAGGUAAAACGGCUGCGUUUUCGCUGACCAUGCUGUCCCGCGUCGAUAUCUCCCAGCCUGCUACGCAAGCCAUUUGUCUGGCACCAUCAAGAGAGCUCGCCAGACAGACUUUGGAGGUCGUUCAGGAAAUGGGUAAAUUCACAAAGGUCACCACACAGCUGAUUGUACCCGACUCUUUCGAAAAAAACAAGCCCAUCAAUGCACAGAUUAUCGUCGGUACUCCAGGUACCGUGCUGGAUUUGAUGCGCAGAAAAGCAGUUCAAUUGGGGCAAGUAAAAGUUUUCGUCUUGGACGAGGCCGACAACAUGCUUGACAAGCAGGGUCUAGGUGACCAGUGUCUGCGUGUGAAGAAGUUCUUGCCCAAGGCCGCUCAACUGGUGCUAUUUUCUGCCACUUUCGACGACAGCGUGAGGAAUUACGCUCGCAGAGUCGUGCCCGAUGCGAAUUCGUUGGAACUACAGAGAAACGAAGUUAACGUGAGUGCUAUCAAGCAGCUUUUCAUGGAUUGCACGGACGAAAACAAUAAGUACGAAGUACUGACAGAGCUAUACGGGCUGUUGACGAUUGGGUCUUCAAUUAUCUUCGUGCAAACGAAGCAAACGGCCAAUGUGCUGUACGCUAAGCUCAAACAAGAGGGUCACCAAGUCUCAAUUUUGCACGGUGACUUGCAAAGCGCAGAGAGAGACAGACUGAUCGACGAUUUCCGUGAGGGUCGCUCCAAGGUUUUGAUCACAACCAAUGUUUUGGCGCGUGGUAUUGACAUUCCAUCUGUGUCCAUGGUGGUGAACUACGACCUCCCCACAACUGUACAGGGCAAAGCCGACCCUGCCACCUACAUUCACAGAAUCGGGAGAACGGGUAGAUUUGGCCGUACCGGAGUGGCCAUUUCGUUUGUCCACGACCGAAAAUCUUUUGAGACUCUAACUGCAAUUCAGAAGUAUUUCGGUGAUAUUGAGAUGACGCGAGUGCCAACCGAUGACUGGGACGAGGUCGAGAAAAUUGUUAAAAAAGUAUUGAAGGAAUAA